AAAUUAUAUUACGUGGGACCCCACCUCACACGCAACCCCUAUCUCUAUCGUACACCCUACCGCACCAGAUUAGCGUCUAUACAAACCAUAUGAAACGUCCCUCUUUCUCACAAUUCACACCGUUCGAUAAACGCAUUUUGGUUCUUUGAAGAAGGACCCUUCUCUUUGCGCGUGUCCCGUCCUCUUCUCCAAUCUUCCUCCACCACCACGACUACAUUAGUGUAAUAUAUAGAAAGCAAGAAGUAUUAUGGAAGUUAAGCUCUGGAAUGACAAACGCGAGAGAGAAAUGUACGACAACUUUGCUGAGCUUUAUGCGAUUAUCAAGGCUACUGAGAGACUUGAGAAAGCUUAUGUUAGAGAUAUAAUCUCGCCACAAGAAUAUGAGAUAGAGUGCCAGAAGCUUAUAGCUCAUUUCAAAACCCUAGCUUCUACGCUUAAGGAUACUGUGCCUAGCAUUGAGAGAUUUGCGGAUACUUAUAGGAUGGAGUGCCCGGCUGCGAUUAACCGUCUUGUGGUAUCUGGUGUGCCUGCUACAGUAGAGCACCGAGCCAUUGCGGCAGCAGGCACGUCCACCUCGGCUGCCAUUGUGGCUGAGUGUGUGCAGAAUUUUAUUACAUCAAUGGAUUCCUUGAAGCUUAACAUGGUGGCUGUGGAUCAGGUGCAUCCUUUGCUUUCGGACCUUUAUGGUUCACUUAAUAAGCUGACGAUUUUGCCGCCUGAUUUUGAGGGGAAAAUCAAAAUGAAGGAUUGGAUUGCAAGGUUAUCGAAGAUGGGUGCAGCUGAUGAGUUGACAGAACAACAGGCCCGGCAGCUUCACUUUGAUCUCGAGUCUUCUUACAAUUCCUUUAUGGCUGCUCUUCCCAAUGCCGGCACUUGAUUGAAUGAGGGGACUUGUAAUUAAAUCAAAAAUUCCUUUUUCUAUAUUUUCCCCUUUGGUUGCAAAUAUUGUUGAUUGGAAUUGAAUUUUCUAUUUGGUGGAAGCAUAUAUAUUUUAAAGGCCAAAUCAUGGAUAUUCAUAAA